UGGGUUGGCGCAGGCAUGGCGGCUCGUGUCCUUUCGGCUUGUGUCCGCCGACUGCCCGCGGCCUUGGCGCCGCUGCCCCGGGUUCCCACGCUGGCCGCGGCCCGGCCGCUCGGCACCACGCUGUGCCCCGCGGGAGCCCGGACGAGGCCUGGGGCUCGGCAGGCAGCCCCGGUGCUCGCGCAGGUUCCAGGUACACAGCUGUGCCGUCAGUAUAGCGAUGCACCCCCUCUGACGUUAGAGGGGAUCAAGGACCGGGUUCUUUAUGUCUUGAAACUCUAUGACAAGAUUGACCCAGAAAAGCUCUCGGUAAAUUCCCACUUUAUGAAAGACCUGGGCUUAGACAGUUUGGACCAAGUGGAGAUUAUCAUGGCCAUGGAGGAUGAAUUUGGAUUUGAAAUUCCUGACACAGAUGCGGAGAAGUUAAUGUGUCCACAAGAAAUUGUAGAUUACAUUGCAGAUAAGAAGGAUGUAUAUGAGUAAGAGAUCAGACCCCUUUUUUCACUGAGAGAAGAGUCAGAAGAUGCUGGCGAAUGUCUGGAAGUGAGAACGCGUUUUGGCAUUAUUGCUGCCUUUGACAGAGUAAUUCUGUUUAGACUUGUAUUUAAAUUGUCUGUUUUUCCCUUUGAAAAUAAAUAUAUAAAACCAA